AUGAGGAAUAUGCGUUGGAAUCACAGGUUUCAAGAACUUGAACGAGGGAAAAAAUCAAGGAUAAUCCGACCAACAAGGACCUUAGCACAUUCUGCAUAUUUCUUCAUUUCAUUUAUGUUCAAUGAAAAUUUGCUUCUUGGAAAUUCCUUUAUGUUUCCUAUUGGCUUGUCAUUUGGCAAAUGUUUGAAACUCACCCUAUUUUCAAUUAGGUUACUCGCAAUUAGGUUACUCAGCAAACUCAAACAACAGUACGAAGACAGCGAUGCAAUGGGCAUGUUUCUAACACCCAACCAGAGAAUUUGGGUGAACACUGUUUGUCGCACAUAUAUGAAGAAGCCACGGAAAACACCCAAAAGACCCAAGGCGGAAUGGAGGGGAAAGAUAUACGACUUGAUUCAGAGUCGGUCCUUCGAAUUCUUCAUCAUGGCGAUAAUUAUGUUGAAUAUUAUAACGAUGAUGGGGGAGCACCAUCACCAGUCAGAUGGAUUUACUAAAGGACUGGACUACCUCAAUUAUAUCUUCACAAUCUUGUUCAUUAUCGAAGCGAUACUGCGUUUGUUGGCAUUGAAAUUUGAGUACUUCAAGUCUGGAUGGAAUCUCUUCGAUUUUACUAUUGUCAUAUUUUCUAUCACAGAAAUCGUUCUUGCCUCGUAUGAAAUUACCAUGCCAUUUUCUCCUGGAUUGCUUCGGGUUGUGCGCGUCUUUCGCUUAGCACGACUGUUACGAUUCUUCGAGAGUGCCAAAGGUAUCCGCAGUCUUCUUUUUGCCUUGGUGAAAUCGCUGCCUGGAUUGGCAAACAUUGGCUGCCUGCUCUUUCUCUUCAUGUUCAUCUACGCCUGCAUCGGCAUGUCAUUGUGGGGUAACAUUAAGCACACGGGAUACCUUGAUGACGUUGUGAAUUUCCAUACAUUCUUCUCCAGUCUCCUUCUGUUAUUCCGCAUCGCGACUGCCGCUGGCUGGAAUACAAUUCUUGAGCCGAUGAUGAUCACGCCCCCGGACUGCGAUCCAACGCCCAGAGCUGGACUACCAAAUGGUAACUGCGGUACACCAUGGCUAGCGGUUGUCUACUUUGUCAGUUAUAUCCUCCUAAUAUUCCUCGUGACUGUAAACAUGUACAUAGCAGUAAUCUUAGAGAACUUCAACGAAGCCCAACAACAAGACGAAAUUGGCUUGUGCGAGGAAGAUAUGGACGCGUAUAUCACAACAUGGGAGACCUACGACCCAGAAGCAACACAGUUCAUUCACUACCGCGAUGUUACCCACUUCUUGGACGCACUUGAUCCGCCCUUGCGAAUCCCAAAACCGAACGAAGAAGAAGCAGCAGCGUUGAAUGUCCCAGUGAGACAAGGAGAUAUGGUCCACUGUCUUGAUUUGAUGUUGGCGUUGGUUAAACGGGUUAUAGGCGAUAUGGAGGAAUUGACCGAGGAUGAUAAACGAAAUAUGUACGAGAAGUUUGAGGAUCGUUUCCAGUCCUCGUUCCCGCAACGACAACAGACGCCUAAACUUUACACGAUCCUUCAAAGAUACAAGCAAGAGACGGCCGCAGCGAUACGCCUCCAGAGAGCCUUCCGGGAUUGGCAGAAACGAGUACAAGCGAGGAAAGAAAAAGAGAAAUUCCACAAGUAUUCGAGCGAAGAAAAACCGGAAAAAGAUGACGUCUGGGAGGAAAAACAGAUAAAAAACGAGAGCAGACCAGCAUCGAGAAUCAGUAGACCACGCACGGCGUCUAGUCCGCGGAAGAGAGCCCCGCUGGCCGAACAAGAAACCGUAGACAGUCCUGUUCCAAUAAACAAGAAAAAUACUCAAACUAGCCCAAACGAGCAACCAAAUAGUAACGGAAUUAGGGAAACUGCUGCGGAGAACUUUAAAAACGACCCCUUUGCCGCCGAGGCCAUGAAUAUGAUGUGGUUUAGUCGAGGCGGGAAUGGACAAAAUCCCAAAUCGGAAUCUGCUGUCUAGUGACAGGAAAAAAUACAAGAGCACACUUUAAAAGUCAUUCGUUAGCCUUGAAGCACACGUGAUGUGACUUGUCAAAGCGCUCGUGACUACCCAGGGUGAGUCAAAGACUUCAAAUACCCCGGGGGGUGGGGACAAUUUUGAAGAGACAAAGGCUGGCUAUAAAGUUGGGAUGGAAGAGAAGACUUAUCUAAAACUUAUUAAUAGUCCAAGAAAUUUGACAUAACAAAAGACUAUAAUAUAGUUCAAUUGCUUAAAUAUCCUUAUAACAGGUGCCACAAGGCCUACAGACCAGCUUCGCACCCACCGGCCCUAAAAUUUUUCAGGGGCAAUAUUAACCACAGCAUGUAAGUCAAUAGAAAAGGAAUAUGUAUUUAAGCCGGUGCCUAUAUUUUUUAGAAUUUACCAAACAUAAACCGGCAGAUUUUCAAGAAAUUUAAAUUUAAUCUACUCUUCACAAGGAUAAUAAUAAUAAUAUUAAUAAUAUAUUAAGCCUAAUUAUCUUAAUCGUAUAGUUUUAAUCAAGCCAAUCUAUUAUUGCAAUGUUUAAAAUAACUGCCUAGAGUUAUGUUGUGGACCGUUGGGAGGCCACAAGAUGUUCAGUUAACCAGAACAUGUUUAUGCAUCUUAAAAAAAAA